AAUACAUUUCCCAGGUAACCGUGCAGCUGUGAAGUCGCGUCUCCAUGACAGCCGUGCUAUUGUUGUCGUCGUUGGUGCUAGUUAGCAUCGCAAAUCCUCAAAUAGUUUAGACUCUAAGAAAGACAGACAGGUAAAUAUUUGACCACAUUCGACAGCUAUUUGGUGUAGCCAGGCUAAACCGACGAUGGGUCAAAUUAUACAAGUGCCGCGGCACCACCUUUCUCUUAUAGUGCGCUUGUGUCGCCGUUCAUGCAAAGCUAGUUAGCUCAUUUUCAAGCGUAGCCUCCCCCUCCAGCGUUAGCCGCAGCCCCGUCCAAUAUUCCAGAUCCAGGCUUUUACCUGGUGGGUACCUACGGGGCGACUGGAGGAGAUGUUGGAGCUCCCUCUAUGCUGUUUGCAGAGAGUCGAGCGAGAGGAGGCGGGGAUGAGAGACGUGGUCUGGAGCCCUUGAGCCGGAGAGAAAAGAGGAUGAUUUCACGGUACAACAGGAGACCAGUAUCGCAUAAACUUGAGAUUCGUGGUUUGUCUCAUAGCAGUCUCGAUCACCACCCUCUCCCUGAAGAAGCAGACGAUAACAUAACCUCUCCGCAUUACCUCCAUGACCUGCAGGAAGCCGUCUCUGCACACAACAGCUUGCAGACGUCUGCCGCCUCGGACCACUCUGACUGCCCAACCGUUAUCUCAGUAUCACCCAGCCAGUCCUGGUCCGGUAUUCACAGCUCCACAGGAACCGGCAUCUCCACAGAAAGGAGCUCCGUUUUCUCUUGGGGCUAUGAUGAGUUUGACAAGGCGGCGUCGCGGCAGGUGCAGCAGAUGUUUGAUGAGAUCGACAAGGAGCUGUAUGAAGGGAGAGGCUGUGGGGGGGGGAUACUCCAGGGGCUGCAGGACGAAUGCCAGCAGUGGACCACACGCUUUCCACAUCUUCGGAUCCUGGGGACUCAGCUUUUGUGUCCCACCGACGAGGGCUUCCAGUGGUACGCCACUCCAGGGACAGUCAGUCGUGCCAGCAGCCCGUCAACAGACGGAAAAUCUACUGUGAACAGCCAAGGCAAAGAGAAAGGGGCUGCAGAAUUGAAUAUUCAGGGCAGGAAAGCUGCACUGAUCAAAGAGUUUGAUGACACUCCUCACAGCGAGCCUAGCAGCUACGACCAGCCGAGAGUGAUUGAAGUGGAGGGUGUGAUGGAGGAAUAUCUGGCUUUUGAUAGCCGGGACUUGAAUGGGGAGUGUCAUGAGGAAUGCCCGGAGUCUGUUUGGAGGCAUCACUGCCUGCCCCCGGUCUCGCCGUACCGCUGCCGCCGGCAGGCUGUUCUCGACCUGCUGUUUGAUGACGUCUGGCGGGGGCUGGUUGGUUGGAUGAAAGAGCUGGUUCAACGUCACUGGGAGUGCUGCACCUCCCAUGACGAAACCCUAUCUGGGAGCCUGAGCCCUGUGCUGCCAGACGCUCUGAAUCCUUUCAUGCUGCUCUCGCUGCCCGCCGUGCUUCCAAAACUCGGUCAGAGCCGAGUGCCACCGCUCAUGUCUGGACAGCAGCUCCAGGGGGUGCCAAUCAGUUCGGAGAGGUCUGUACUUGAGGCAAACACAAAGUCAAGGGGCUCAAAGCACAAGUCCAGAUGGAAAUCCAAAAAGCAGAAAAGGCCUUCAGCUGCUGGCAGGACGCCUGCAGGGGCAGCGGCAACGCAGCACAACCUGAACGACCUCAUCGUGAUUCAAAGCAUCCCGCUGCAGCAGAGAAACCUGGCUGUGCUGGAGAGAAGCCAGGAUCCGGAGGAGCGCCCGUCCUACAGGACAGUCUCUAGCGCCAUCCCUUCCAGCAGACCUCGUCCUCGCAGAGCCCUGGAGCAGAGCUCUUCCUCUUUGUCCCGCCAACUGCAGUCAGCACGCCGCAGAAACCCUCCUCCUCGAAACUUGCUGCCCCUUGUUCCGAGUUUGAGUCAGGCCGGGACAGGAGGGUACCUGGACGAGGUUAUCCGUGGGACACGACUAACCACAGCCAGUGACCGAUUAACAUCUCCGCUGGUGGCCCUGAGCCGAAACACUCCCCUGCCCCCCAUCGGAACCGGAGACACCGAGUCGUCCCAUCCAGGGCUGCUGUCAAAGCUCACACAGCGUCAGAAAGGCCCUUCCAGCCGCGCCCACAGCGCCAUACAUGAUGAAGUUCAAAGUUCCAUACCAAGGGAUCGUCACCAUAUACUAGACAUCUUCUCUCGUCCCAACACGACACACACAUACAGGUCAGACACUCCAUACCGGAGUUCCUUCACCGUGCUGGACAACAUCGGGCAGGGUCGGCCAGGAAGAGCCUCUGUAGGCACAGACUCUCUGGGAAUCGGCGUGACCGGUGUCAGUCUUGGCAUCAGCAGCUCAUCUUUCUUGGACUCAUAUCCUCACCACCUGCUGGGGCCUUCGCCCAUCAAAGACGAAGAAGAGCCCGAACCACAGAUCCCUGUCGCAGCAGCUGCUCCCGUUCCGCCUCGCUCCUUCACCCGCGGUGGCAUCUCAUCCAGAUCCAGCAGGCCUGGCUUGUAGUUUCCCCCCCCUGGUCUCAGCAGCCUCCCUGCUAUCCAUCUUUACCUGCAUCAUCUCUGCCCUCUGUCUUAAUUCGAAGUAGUUUGUUUGUGUUGAUUAAAUUUUUUAAGGCCUUUUUUUUUUUUUUGUAUUUCAGAAAUCACCUUGUGGGCCUGCCAAACAUAAAAAGUCUUUGUACAGUAUAGGUCAUAUAUGUGGCAGUGAAAGUUUGAUGAGAAUGACUAUUUACAGGAAUAUGCUGUAUAAAAUGGCCUCCUCUGUGUUGCUGUAAAUGACUAUGCAGGGAAACCUAUAAACCAUAUCUGCUCAUAGGACAUAAAAAAGCACCUUUUCCUCCCCGCUCUGAUGUCAGGGAGCUUUGUACUGUAUAAAAAUCCAACCGUCCCACAUAAAAACAACGCCGUCUCAACGGCUCUCCAUAAUCAAGGUGCUUUUGCCGGAAUUAUCCUACAAUGUAGGAAUCUUAUAGUAUACAGAUUUGUAAAUAACAAAAGGAAUUUAUUCAUGGUCUGAAAAAAGUGGUGUACUUAAUAUAAUUUACUUGCUCUUUGUUUGAGCAAAGCCAACUGGUCGUACUUUGACGAGUAACAUCAGGGUUAGUGCACAAAUAGUUUCUUUACUUAUUCCUCACAAGGGAGACAAAGCGACAACCUUUUUUUUUUCUGCCCCUCAAUGCUAUUAUCUGUUUUGUAAUAAAAAAUAAAGUGUAUAAAUUAUGUAAACGCAUGCAUUUAUUAAUAGAACUUUUACAACAUAUUACAAGAAAUAAGAGGAUUUACAUGUUUGUGUAGGCUGAAACAGUUUUGCAAUCAGUUAUCCUUAAAACAUUUCUGCUUGUGUCUGAACUGGAAUAACAACAUAAAAAACUUUCUUUUCUCCCCCCCCC